UGCAGGCCCGCAGUGAGUUGAAUGAUCGCGGCUGCUGCUCAGCUCCGGCUCUAAGUUUGGCUGAAGUUUGCAGGUAGUUGGAGUUGUCGGAAAUUUGCUCUUUUGCCCCAGGAAAGUGCGCCCCAGGGAUCAGCGCAGGUUCCAGCAGCGCUUUCGAUGCCGGCGGUGCCCAGAGCGACCCCCGUCUCCUCAGUGAAUCCUUGUUCGUUGAGGAGUCAUCUUCCUGUUUUAACAAAACAAAAAAGAUGUGCAGGCACUCACUCCCUUGAAAAGGUGCAAAAAACGAAUCUUUGAAAGGAGGAUGAGCUUGGAAGAGAGGUUUAAAAAAAGCUCAACCCUACAACCCAGACAGAAGACAGAUAUUGUGAUCACGAAGCAGCCAGAGUGUGCCUCUGUCCCAGCUGGGUGUCCUGUUACUCUUCAUUGUGCUGCCAUUGGACCUACCCCUCUGCAGUACCAGUGGUUUGAAGGCAAGGAGGAGAUUGUCGGGGCCGUUCACUCAGUGCUGCUUGUUAAUGAGAGGAAGAGUGGAAUCUACGUGUGCCGAGUCAAUGAUCAGCAGAACCAGUGUGUUUUCAGCAAAUGGGCAAAGGUCAAAGUUCAUUUUAUAAGAUCUGCAGCAUUACCUCACAGAUGGCGGGGAGAGCCAGUGAUUGGACUACAGCCUGAAUCUUUGAGGGUCAAAGUUGGCCAGAGAGCAUCCCUGAGGUGUGUUGCAUUUGGAAUUCCUGCUCCAAAAUACCAAUGGUACAAAAAUGGCAUUCAGUUACCUCACCAAACUAAAGUUGAAUUCGUGAUAGCCACGGCUGAGGUAAGACACCAUGGGACAUACUUGUGUUCAGUCACCAAUGACCAGGGGCAGGAGUGCUGGAGUUCUGCGGCUGACGUGAGCGUAGCUGAAAACAUCUCUAUAGCAGUAUCAUUACCUUCCCUCAGGGUGACAGGCUCUGGUGAGAGGAAGGUAACAGCAAAGUCCCCGACUGUCUUCCGGAAGCCAGACACGCCUCAAGAAGUCAGACUGUGUGCAACUGACAAAGUAGCACUGCUGAUUGGGAACAUGAACUAUGUGAAUCACCCCAAGCUAGUGGCCACCAUGAUGGAUGUUUAUGAAUUGUCGAAUCUGCUGCAUCAACUCAACUUCCGGGUGGUUUCCCUGAUGGACCUGACCAAGGAGGAGAUGCUGAGUGCAGUCAAGCAAUUCCUCCAGCUCCUGGACAAAGGCGUAUAUGCUCUAUUUUACUAUGCUGGGCAUGGCUAUGAGUGCUCAGGCCGGAAUUACAUGGUGCCAGUAAACGCUCCGAAUCCGUACAGACCAGAGAACUGCAUCAAUGUCCAGAAAAUCCUCUGCAGGAUGCAGGCAAAGAAUACAGCCCUAAAUGUUCUCCUUCUGGACAUGUGCCGGAAAUGGUAUAAUCAGGAUUACCUUCCCUCAGAUCUACAGCCACUUGCUCCCACUGGGAAUAUUGUCUAUGGAUAUGCGACGUGUGAAGAUGCAGAAGCGUAUGAGGUACAGGAUGGAGAGCACAGCUCGGGAAUCUUUAUGAAGUAUCUUAAAAAGCACAUCCUGAAGAAAGAGAAAGUCACGCAGAUUUUAGAGAAUGUCUCUGAAGACAUGGGGAAGGACCAGCUGAUCACUGGCAAACAGGUGAUGGAGAUUAGACACACUUUGAAGGAGUGCCGUGCAUUAACAGACGAGAUCUGUACCAAGGGACACACGGUGCAGCUCAGAGUGAGGAAUGAACACUGGAAACGAGCCAAUGAACUGCCUGAGAGAAGGAUCGUUCACUUUCCUUGUGGCGUGAGGGUGGAGUUAAGCUGCAGCGCCAUAUUCUCCAAUGUAAUGAUCGUUUAUGCCAACAUCAAGGCGAGACCUUCGCAGGUGGCCGAGUGCAAAGUUUCCCUUUGGAAACCAGAGGAGUUGGCAGAUGCCUGUUCAGACGUCGAUGGAGAAUCAUCCCAAAUCGACUCCCUGCUGUCUUCUCUCAAUGAUGACCAGCAGUCAGACACUACACUGAAACUGUGCGGCCUGCAUAAACUGAAGCAACCUUUGGUCCUACGGGUGACCCUACAGUGCCGGUAUUUUAAGGAAAAGCCAAAGAUGGAAGAAACAACAGUAGUGAACUUGGGGCACCCCUUGGUGGCACAGCUGGAGCUAUACAGGACAAUGCCCACUGCUCAUGUGGAAGGGGACACCACCAGCACUAACCAAGACUGUGCCCUGGCACCCAACAGCACCGUCACAAAGGAUAAGAGCAGGGCCUGCGGGUCAGGAACGUGGACGUAUACUAAUAAUCAAGAGGUCAAGCCGUCGGCUCACCCGGCUGGAUGGUUCAACCAACCAGAGGAAAAUGACGAGAGCGAUGUAUCAAAUGGGAAUCGAUAGCACGUUGAACUGAGCGGACAGAUCAAGUUUUAUUCAGAGUGUACUAAAUAUUAUAUAUUUGUAGUUAUGCACUCAAUGGAAAUGUUACACUUAGGUCAGAUACUUAUAUUUUCAAUAGGUUUGCUGGCAACUUCUCAGUUCCCAGGCUCGGUGAUUAGUAUUGGGAGGACUCGGUCCAAUUUGUAUGAAGUCAUUGAUAAUUUGAUUGUCAGUCUGCUGAAUUUGCUUCUUGGAGCCAAUCAAGUUGUUACUGCCAUCCCAGAAAUUACUGCUUAUUUCUGGAAUUAGAUGGGUAGUUGUCCGGUGAGGUGCUUCACCUACAGACUGUGGCAGAGGACGCCCCAUCGGUAGUGCCAUCUCCAGUAGUUAACCCUCUCACGCCAACAGGAUCUAGGCAAACCUAACCAAAGUCUGCCAGAAAGGGAAUCUGAUGCUUGGGUUAAUGGCUUGUUUUGUGAAUGCUUUCUGCCAUUUGGAAAUAACUGACCAUCUCUUUGUUGUUGACAGCUUCUAAACAGUUAGCUUAUUGACUUAUGAAAUCGAUGAGACAUUGCCAAGUCAUCAUAACUGGAGAAUUAAUAACUCUACUAUUGCUUCAUCUAACCUUGAACUAUUAGUGGUAUACACCUGGGGACACAUUCUCAUCCUCAGCUCUCCCAGUGGCCCUCUUGCCAAUUUGAAUGAAGGCAGGCACUUAGGGUGAUCUUACACUGGCUGAAUUUAUACUCCAGUCACCUCCAUUGACUGUUCCUCCCACUGACACCAAUUCUAAAAUUGCUGCUUAUUUCUUGUGAACGUUCAAAUAGUUGGAACCUAGUCAAUACAAAAUCUGAUGCCUCCAAUGUAGGAAGUGGUCAUGUAAAUAUACCGUCAAUGUGCGAUGGAGCCAGCGGCAGGAUUUCCUGCAGUAAGUAAUUAGCCAUAGUCCACAAAAGACUACAGAUAUCUCACUACAUUAGAGACAUACAAUUGGUUAUAUAUAGCUUGAGGGCAUGUUGGCAGGAGGCAGGCCGCCAUGAACUACCACAGCUGGUAUGGGGAUUGAACCCACGCUGUUGGAGUCAUCCUGCUUAUACUGUAGCCAUUUAGCCAACUAAGCUAACCGACCCCCACAUAGACAAGCUUUAUAGAUUGCUGAAGAUAAUCUGAUCCUAACCUUGGACCUUAAAGUCUCAACAUAAUCACUGUUGCAUCCUUUGCCAAGUUGGAUGUUUCGGGUCACGCUAUUACUUCUUUUUAAUCACUUGCUUCGUUCCUAAUGCUGAGCAGUCUGUCAAUAUAACUGACAUCACAUCUAAGGCUUCAUGAAGGGGUAGUCGGGUUACUCCAGUUCAUGAUAUUGCCAUGUGUUUUGGAGAGUGGGACACUAAAGCAACCACAUCAUUCUGUUUGUCAACAUGGUGUAAGUGCCCAAUACUCAUGGGCGAACUUUAACAAUGAGUGUUGUUAAGUUUGGAUGUAUAUACGCAAUAUCCUCACGGAAGCAUUUCCCAUCAAAGACACAGGAUAAGGAUGAACAGCAUUUUUCUUCCAUUAUUGAAGGUGAAGCCAAUUGGAAUUGCUUUUUCCUGGCUGAGGUCAUGUAACUCUGCGUAGUACUUAAGAUCUGAAAUGGAAUCUGGGCAAUUAUUGUUCCAUACUAUACUCAUUGGAUAAACUCACUGAACCUAAGAUGCAUUUUUAAGACAGAUUUUGCAAGGGCUUUGUUACUUGUUUCUGAUGCCCAUAUAUAGUCCUAUGUGAUGGAAAGUAAUGCAUUAAUUAUUGAAUGUCAAGACCAUAAAAUGGUAGCGAACAAUCCAAGGUGUUAUUUAGGUCAGUAUUCCAGAAGCUGUAGUUCUUCUUUAUAUCGAUUGGUGAUCAAAUCAUGUUUAAAAGUCUGAUUCAGUUUUAUUCUCUUGUUUAUUUUCUGUUGAACGAGUUGUUAACUUUGUUUGUUCUAAGCUAAUUUUCUUUUUUUUUAUUCAUUCAUUGGAUGUGGGCAUCGCUGGCUAGGCCAGCAUUUAUUCACAUCCCUAAUUGCCCUUGAGAAGGUGGUGGUGAGCUGCCUUCUUGAACCACUGCAGUCCAUGUGGUAUAGGUACACCCACAGUGCUGUUAAGGAGGGAAUUCCAGGAUUUUGACCCAGUGAUAGUGAAGGAAUGUUCCAAGCCUUCAAUGGUUUGUAAUUGGGAGUGUUGUAAACAAGAGCUGUCUAAUCACACUUCAUACCAUUGUUUAUAAAAGAAUUUUCUGUUUCUGAUUAUUGAGGCUGAUGGCAGAUCCCCUUACUGGAGAAGAGGAGGUAGGAGAUAGGAUUGGCAACUCUGUCUUUGAAGGAAAUAGCACUAUACAUUACAGAUCUUCAAUUAGAUGAGGAAUUUACCUUGUACAUGGAAAGAAGAUGGCAUUGUGCUUUGCAACACCCCCUCGGGAGCAGUUGGAACCCUACAUUAAAAUGUAGGGGUAGGUACUUGUUAUGAUUUGUCUGUCAGAGUUAAUGAACAAAAAGCUGUGGGGUGAACUUCCUAAUAGUUCCUGAUGUGUGUUCCCAAAGAGUGAACCAAGUGCACUAGAGUUGAAAACGUUCUCCCGUAAAUCCAAUUGGCAUUUGCUUGCUGCAUUCAGUGAGCCAGACGUCAGUAUUGUAAAUGAGCACUAAUUCCAUGAUACAUUUUGGACACACAUUCACACAAAGUCAGCUGUUUCUGGCAGAGUUUCUGGACUCUGUGGACUGGUGCUCAGUUUUUACACAAUGUAUUUAAACCAUGUGUUGCAGUUUAUAAAGAGAGCAGGUCAUCCAGGCUCUGUGAUGUGAGUCGAAGUUACAUAGGUUUGCCUCUGCUGUUCUCUAUAUAGUAAGUUCCUCAGGACAGUGGAGGAAGACACCUAACAAAGACUCGAUGUUUGUUCUACAGGGAAGGGAGGAUAAAUACAGUGACACUUGAGAGUCUCAACGUUAGUUAGUAGGAGAACCACAUAUACGGAAACCCCUUGAGCAGCAUUGUGUUUUAUGCGCUGCACAUAAUGGGGAAAAAAUGCAUUAAAUAGAUAAUAUUCAGAACACUGCUGAUAGUGAGAUAUUGUGUGAUACAGUGUGAGAGAAAUCUGAUUUUUCCGGUUACACCCCAGGUUGGAAAAUUGCUGGUCAACAUGAUGUAGGACAUUUUGAUAUUUUGCACAGCAUCGGAUUAGAAAUGAAGUUUUAAAAUGUCAUCUAGUUCCAGGGUUAAUCUGCUGAGAGCUGUGCAAAUUUCAUUGGCCAGAAGCUGAUGCAUUCUCCACGCGCUCUGGGAUCUUUCUUUAGAUUUUAUUAGAUUGUAUUUAUUUUUGCGUGGAUAUUAUUUUUGGUGAUGAUUAAAGUUCUUAAGCUACCAAAGUUCUCAAGAAGGCUGGACACCUGGCCUCAAUUACAGUUCUCAUUCCCUAGUUUUAGAGCACAUGUUUGUAACUGGACCUUUUCUCUGCAAGAGCUGGUACCUUAACAAGAUUUAAAAGGGUUAAAUGGUGACAAAGAAUUAUUGAGAACUUUUACAUUUUUUUUGUGACUAAUAUUUUGUUCUGAUGGGGCUGUGGCAACAGGAGAGCCUCAGGGAACAACCUUGACUUUUGUGUGUCAAUGAACAGCUGGUGAUAGCAAGUUGGCAGGUUUUACAGCUCUCUCAUUGAGGUCCCAAUGGACAAGUGUACAGCAGCCUGUGAACUCUCAUCUGUUUUAUGCUAUCUCACAAAGUCAAGACUUACCGCAGUGAGGUUAAACCGUCAGGUGUGAGGGAGUUGGCAAAGUUCAGUUACAGUAAUCAACCGUGAGAGAACCAGCCCCCCCAAAGUAUCAAGAGCUGAAUUAGCACAACAGGUCAUUUCUACCUAAAUCCCCGGGGGAACAUUAAUGUAAUCGGACCAGUUGUCAUCUUUGAAUUUCAUGAAAAUAAAAACAGCAUGGAUUGGUGCAAAAACAGAAAGUGCUGGAAAAAUUCAGCAGGUCUAACAGCAUCUACAUUUAGAGAAAAACAAAGUUAAUGUUUUGAGUCUAUAUGACCCUUCCUCAGAGCCAUACAGGUCAUAUGGAGUCGAAACGUUAACUUUUCUCUCUCCACAGAUGCUGACAGACCUGCUGAGUUUUUCCAGCAUUUUCUGUUUUUGUUUCAGAUUUCCAGCAUCCGCAGUAUUUUGCUUUUAUCUUAGUAUGAAGUGGAAAUUGGCCAGCUGAUCCAACAUGUUGAUUCCCCGUCAGGCAAGUUAGUUCAGAUUUACCCUCACGGUUUCAGCUGGCAACUGUACCUUUCUGCUGACGUUAUUCCAGCUCCCUCACAUUUGUGAGCUUAAUUAUUUCAUCUCCUUAACUCAUCAGUACUCCUCUUCAAACAAAAUGAUUCCAGAAAAUCAUGGCCAAGUUAGUGAUUAUUCCUUUGGAACAAUUACAUUUAUUUAAGGAAUCCUGUUCAAGAUUCCAUUUUUAGUUCAUCAUCCCUCCCCAUCUCUGUAACCUCCUCCAGCCUUACGAUUCUCUUGUGAACACUGUUACUCCAGCUGUGGACUCUGGUGCAUCUGCCCACUUUCUUCAUAGCACCUCCACUGGUCAUGCUUUCAACUUCCUGGUCUUUAAGCUCUUCUCAUUCCUCUUUUAAGACAUUCCUUUAAACUUACCUCUCCGACCAAGCUUUUGGUCAUCUCUGCCAAUAAUGCCUUAUGUAACUCAGUAUUAAAUCUAUUUGUUUGAUUACACUCUUGUGAACAUUUUACUACAUUUAGGUGCUAUAUAAAUGCAAAUUGUUGAUAUAAGUAGUCUGGUCCCAGCCUUUUAACUCAAGAAUCUGCUUAUGGUUUGUCAAUAAAACCGUAUUGUAUACACAUACUGUGAUAUAAACAAUAUUGAUCAGGAACAUCAGCUUCAAGCACUGGUCCAUGCCGUCGCAGCGUUGGGAGAUGCUACAUUUGGGCCAAAUCUUCCUCGGGCUAGGGAAGAUAAAAGGGCAACCAGGGUUUUCUCUAUUGACCCCUGUAAAAAUGUGCCUGGGCAUUCAGUGAGGCCAAGAUAUGGCAUCGCUGUGAUGGUCCCCAAUGUCAAAUAGUCAGCUAGCACAUACAUCGUUGUUUAAGCUCACAUGUGAAUUUUAACCACUUGAGUUGAGUUAGCAGAGGGCUUGUGAAACUGAAUACCAGCAAAUCAAGACAUUGAAGAGAAGAGGAAGUGUGGGAUGACUGUGCAGUAUAAACACAUCUAUCUUAUCUUUUAUUUUAUAUUAAAAUUGUCAUUUGAUACUAAUAUUUAAGUUUUACAUGAAGUUGUUUUACUUUAAAUGUAGUGUUAUUUAAUUAACUGAAAUAUAGAGUUGGGAAUAUUAUAUGAUUUUUGUUCCAAUAACACUGGAAUAUUAAAUUGUGUCACUUCA